AUGCGUGCGAGGGGGCGGGGCCAGGUUGCAGGCCCUAGCGGUGGGGGGCGGGACCUGACUGUGAAGGGCGGCCCUCGUUGCUCAGAGGGCGGGACCCAGAGAGAAGUAAGUCCGAGAUUGGGUGGUGUGGGGGCCCGACGGUGGUACGUAGCGAGGAUUGGUCCUCGCGGCGGUGACUGGCGGCUGGAAUUGGCCCCGGCGGGUGGAAUUGGCCCAGGCUGGUGGAAUUGGCCCCGGGCCCCGGACCGUGGAAAAUUGAUGGAGUCGGCUAGGGAAAUGAGGUUCCCUCUGGCCGCUGGGGCUCCGGGCUCGAAGAAGGUUCAAGAGGGGUCCAAAAUUCAAAGGCGAGGGCGGUGGCGAAAAGGCAAAGCCAAAGCCUCACGGCUCUCGCACAGCAUGGACCUGCACACAAUGACACAGUCGCUGGUGACCCUGGCAGAGGACAACAUGGCCUUCUUCUCCAGCCAGGGCCCUGGGGAGACAGCAAGGCGGCUGUCAAGCGUCUUUGCAGGUGUUCGGGAACAGGCACUGGGGCUGGAGCCAACCCUGGGCCGCCUGCUGAGCGUGGCACACCUCUUUGACCUGGACACAGAGACGCCGGCCAACGGGUACCGCAGCCUGGUGCACACAGCCCGCUGCUGCCUGCUGCACCUGCUGCACAAAUCCCGCCACGUGGCCUCCAACCGCCGCAGCAUCUUCUUCCGCACCAGCCACAACCUGGCCGAACUCGAGGCCUACCUGGCCACUCUCACCCAGCUCCGCGCUCUGGCCUACUACGCUCAGCACCUGCUGGCCACCAACCAGCCCGGGAGGCUCUUCUUCGAGGGUGAUGAGAGGGUCACUGCCGACUUCCUGCACGAGUACGUCAGUCUGCACAAGGGCUGCUUCUACGGCCGCUGCCUGGGCUUCCAGUUCACGCCCGCCAUCCGGCCAUUCCUGCAGACCGUCUCCGUCGGGCUGGUGUCCUUCGGGGAGCACUACAAACGCAACGAGACGGGCCUGAGUGUGACAGCCAGCUCCCUCUUCACCGGCGGCCGCUUUGCCAUCGACCCAGAGCUGCGUGGGGCCGAGUUUGAGCGGAUCGUACAGAACCUGGACGUGCACUUCUGGAAAGCCUUCUGGAAUAUCACAGAGAUCCAGGUGCUAUCGUCUCUAGCAAACAUGGCAUCAGCCACCGUGAGGGUAAGCCGCGUGCUCAGCCUGCCACCCACCGCCUUUGAAAUGCCGCUGACUGCUGACCCCAAGGUCACGGUCACCAUCUCACCCCCACUGGCCCACACAGGCCCUGGGCCCGUCCUCGUCAGGCUCAUCUCCUAUGACCUGCGUGAAGGACAGGACAGUGAAGAGCUCAGCAGCCUGGUGAGGUCCGAGGGCCCCAGGAGCCUGGAGCUGCGGUCACGCCCCCAGCAGGCACCCCGUUCAAGGCGCCUGGUAGUGCACAUCCAUGGCGGCGGCUUCGUGGCCCAGACCUCCAAAUCCCAUGAGCCUUACCUCAAGAGCUGGGCCCAGGAGCUGGGCGCCCCCAUCCUCUCCAUCGACUACUCCCUGGCCCCCGAGGCCCCCUUCCCCCGGGCACUGGAGGAGUGCUUCUACGCCUACUGCUGGGCCGUCAAGCACUGUGCCCUCCUCGGCUCAACAGGUGAGCGGAUAUGCCUCGCAGGAGACAGCGCAGGCGGGAAUCUCUGCUUCACCGUGUCCCUUCGGGCAGCGGCCUAUGGGGUGCGGGUGCCAGAUGGCAUCAUGGCAGCCUACCCGGCCACAAUGCUGCAGGCUACCGCUUCUCCUUCCCGCCUUCUGAGCCUCAUGGACCCCCUGCUGCCCCUCAGCAUGCUCUCCAAGUGUGUCAAUGCCUAUGCUGGUGGGGUGACCGAGGACCACUCUGACUCAGACCAGAAGGCGCUGGGCGUGAUGGGGCUGGUGCAGCGGGACACAGCCCUGCUCUUCCGAGACCUCCGCCUGGGUGCCUCCUCAUGGCUCAACUCCUUUCUGGAGCUGAGCGGGCAUAAGUCCCACUCGAACUCGGUGCCCGUAGCAGAGCCCAUGCGGUGCAGUGUGUCUGAAACAGCACUGGCCCAGCCUGAGGGCCCACUGGGAAUGGACUCCCUCAAGGGCCUGACGCUGCAUGACCUGAGUCUAAGGGGCAGCUCUGAGACACCGGACACCCCGGAGCUGUCACUGUCAGCGGGGGCACGUGGCCACUCCACACCCUCAGCCGUCAACUUCUUACUUCGGCCUGAGGAUACAUCUGAAGAAUCUGAGGCUGGGGAUGAGCUGAGCACUAAGGACAGAGUUCAAGGUGUGUGUGCUGCCUUCCCUGAGGGUUUCCACCCCAGGCGCUCCAGCCACGGUGCCAAACGGAUGACCCUCUACUCGUCGCCCAUCGUCAAGAAUCCCUUCAUGUCACCGCUGCUGGCACCUGACAGCAUGCUGCAGACCCUGCCACCUGUGCACAUCGUGGCGUGCGCGCUGGACCCCAUGCUGGACGACUCAGUCAUGUUCGCGCGGCGGCUACGCAGCCUGAGCCAGCCCGUGACGCUGCGCGUGGUGGAGGACCUGCCGCACGGCUUCCUGGGCCUGGCGGCGCUGUGCCGGGAGACGCGGCAGGCCGCGGCGCUGUGUGUGGAGCGCAUCCGCCUCAUCCUCAAUCCGCCGGGCCCGCCGGUCUGAGCCGUGGGACGGAGCCAGGCCACGCGAGGAGAGGGGGGCUGCGGGGGGCGACACUAAAGGCCUCUUGUACCCAUCUGCGCAGGCCUCCGUGGUGAAUGCGCCCCGGAAAGGGCGGCGGGGACCCGUGCCGCGGCUCCCGGCCCAUCCGGCCCCUCCGUCGGGCCGGGCGGAAGGGGGCGGGCUGUGCCUUAAAUCGAGGGUGCGGCAAGGGGGGGGCGGGGCGAGGGCCCCCGAAAGCUAAGACCCUGGCCUGCGGGAGGGGGGCGCCCACAAACCAGUCUCCGAGACAGCUGGACCUGCACUCCACCACUGCCUUCUGCUGCAGCGACCGCCGCAGGGGCGGAGCCUGACCCUACUUUGCAGGACGGUUUGUUUGUUUUUUGUAAAUAAAGGUAUUUAAUUAGU